GGAUGGUAUCUCUAUUACUGCGACGAGCUUAGCGUUAGCAUGUGUAGCUUUAACCUUUUUGCACGGGGACGGUGCAGCUUUUGACCUGCUGUAACUUACACACGGAUAUCAAUAAACGCAUUCAGACGUUUUUAUCAUGUGUACCAGAAUGAGGGCUCUUCUCUGUGUUAAAGCACAGCCGCUGCUCAGCAGAGGUUUUAUCCACCCUGUCAGGCCGUCAACAGCAGUGCGAUGGCAAGCAGCCCCUUCCAAACUCUUCUGCAGCUCUCCACCUGAUGGAAACAACACACCACCUUCCAUGCUGCGCCACCUGACCUCCAAAAUAAAAGCCACGGGGCCAAUCCCUGUGGCAGAGUACAUGAGGGAGGUGCUCACCAACCCUGUGAAGGGUUAUUAUGUGAGAAACAACAUGCUGGGACCUGAAGGAGAUUUCAUCACUUCACCAGAAAUCAGCCAGAUCUUUGGAGAGCUGAUCGGAGUGUGGAUCAUCAGUGAGUGGAUGGGGGCUGGUCAACCCAAACAGCUGCAGCUGGUUGAGCUCGGACCCGGAAAAGGAUCGCUGGCGAGCGACGUCCUCAGAGUUUUCAGUCAGUUGCAGUCGGUGCUGGGCGGGGCCUCUGUGUCGCUGCACCUGGUCGAGGUGAGUCCGGCUCUGAGUCUGCUUCAGGCUCAGAAUCUGACGGGAAACCGCAGCCAGGAGGCCGACGCAGAAGAUGAUCCGGUUUACCGCCGCGGAGAAACUGAUGCAGGGCUGCCGGUGUCGUGGUACCACCGGUUAGACGAUGUCCCGGCAGGAUUUAGUGUCUUUGUCGCUCAUGAGUUCUUUGACGCCCUGCCAAUUCACAAAUUCCAGAGGACGGAGAAAGGCUGGAGGGAGGUGUUGGUGGACAUCGACCCAGAGAAGCCGGACACGUUGAGGUUUGUCGUGGCGCCGGCUCCGACCCUGGCCUCGACGUCGCUCGUGCAGGCAGACGAAACCCGGGAUCAUGUGGAGGUGUCUGCAGAGGGCGGGGUCCUUGUGCAGCAGCUGGCCCGGCGCAUCAUAGAGGACGGCGGUGCGGCGCUGAUCAUCGACUAUGGCCACAAUGGAACCAAGACGGACACAUUCAGAGGUUUUAAAGGUCACCAGCUCCAUGAUGUCCUCGCCUCCCCUGGCUCUGCCGACCUCACCGCCGACGUGGAUUUCAACUAUCUGCGGAGGAUGGCGGGAGGAGGCGUGGCCUGUCUCGGCCCCGUCACUCAGAGGACGUUCCUGAAGAACAUGGGUAUCGACACCAGGAUGCAGGUUCUGCUGAGGAACUGCAGCGACCCGUCCACCAGGAAGCAGCUUAUCAGCAGCUACAACAUGCUGACCAACCCCGCCAAGAUGGGCGAGCGCUUCCAUUUCUUCAGCCUGCUGCACCCCAGUCGCCUUGCCAAACCCCAGAAACCAGAGGGGCUGAAGCUCGAGAAGAAGAAGAGCCCGGCACCGCUGCCUGUGGCCGGAUUCACCGAGCUCAAGUUCGCCUGAAAGAGACGACUGUGAAAGUUUGGCUGCCGAGUCAGAAGUGAGUGUAAACAACUACGCUGUCCCAAACUUCUUGAACUGACUGCACCACAAAGCAAACAAAGAGAUUUACAGAGCUGAAAACCAGCAGAACGGCUGCUUCAUCACUUCCUUUAAGCCUGUGUGAAAUUCAAAAUGGGUGAGUCAUUAAUUAGAUUCACUCCUGUAGAGUCAUUAUGAAGGAGGAAACUAUCCAAAAAGGCCAAAACUGUUCUUUUGUAGCUGUAAACAUGUUUGUUUCUGCUGUAAAGUUGAACUUUUUAAUAUGGAAGUCUAUGGGGACUUAUGGAGACAGCCUCAAGUGGACAUUAGAGGAACUGCAGUUUUUGGCACUUUAACUUAGGGAGUGUCAGAGUCAACAUUACAAGUUGUCUGUUGGUUUAAAAGAUCAUGUUCUGAUGUGUUUUAAAACAUAUUUAAGGAAAACACAUUGUGUAGUUUUAUGACCUAUAAAUAAACAUUUUUGAACAUU